AUGCCGAUUUAUUAUCACGAGCCCGAGUACAAAAGUAGUGUCGUCAAAACAGGAAUUCCUCCAACGCAUGCGUCUUAUGACGUGAGUUCGAGUUUUGUUGAGCAAUGCACAGGAUAUUACGGUGCUUGGAUCAGAAAUGACACAAUUCAAAAACUUAAAUGUCUAUCCACGUAUCCUGAUUGGAUGAGCAAGCAAAAAGAACAUCUUAGAUAUAUGACAAUUGGGAAUAUUUUUAUACCGGGGACUCAUAAUUCUGGAUCGUAUAGUGAAGGAAUUCCUCAAACACUUACUGAAAGAUAUAGCGUAACCCAAGAUGCGACUAUACUGGAUCAACUGAUUUCCGGAGCGCAUUUUCUGGACCUAAGACCCUGCAAGUAUCAAUACGACUACUGGAUUUGUCAUGGUUCGUACUACAUGCAGCCAUUUGAAGCAGUGAUCCGUGAUAUAAAAGAAUUUAUGGACAAUACGGACGAAAUUGUGAUCCUGAGCUUCAAAGAAUUUCCAAACGCAGAGCUGAACGAUCACAUUGCACCAAUACCGUUCGGACUGCAGCGUAAAAUGACUUUAGGCGAGAUGUGGGAUUCCGGAAAACGGCUAAUUAUCAGCUAUGAUUAUAGCGUAAGAUCAAAAUCGUCAAUGCGCAGUGGUUAUAGAUUCUGGGACCCGAUAGUCCAAGAGUGGGGAAACGUGAAUUCUCCUGAAAAACUCAAGGAAUUCAUUGACAAACAUGAAAGUUAUUCUAAAAAUGCUGCUAAAUUAUGGGAUGACGACCCGCUAAUCUUCCGAGCGAUGAUGGCUGCAGUAACUUUGGAUAUGACCUCAAUAGUAACUGAUUCAGUUGCUCAUUUUUUUGGCCAAGGGAGUUAUUCUUUGCGGGAAAUUGGUACCCAAGUUGGGCCACUAGUUACUGAAUGGUACAAUGAAAAUUAUUGUUCGUCGGCGAAUAUUGUAACUGUUGACUUCAUCGACGCAACGGGAAUCGUCCCAGUUGCGAUUUAUUGGAAUAAAAUCCGGGGGGAGCGCAAUUAUGCAAAAAAGAUUAAUAGCUCAAAUAUUUAA